AAAUAACUAAAACUCAGGCAUGGUGAUCUUGAAGGGUUCUCACACAGUUACCCCAGCCCAACCCACAUCUUCCGGCAAACUCUGGUUAUCGGAAUCUGACCAAGUUAAACCCUUAACCCAUGCACCAACCAUCUACUUCUACCGACCAACAUCUUCCGACGUCUCCAUCACCUCCGCCGACAUCGACACUUUGAGAGAUUCUCUAAGCAAAGUUCUGGUACAAUUCUACCCAUUAGCCGGCCGACUUCAUUGGAUCGGUGGCGGCCGACUAGAGCUCGACUGCAACGCCGCCGGAGCUAAGCUCUUUGAAGCUGAAUCUGAUGCGUCUAUUGUUGAUUUCGGCGAUUUUAGGCCGACGCCGGAGAUCAGAGAACUGAUUCCUCGAAUUGAUUACAACACUCCUAUAAAUGAACUUCCAUUGCUGCUUGUGCAACUCACGAGACUCUGCUGUGGUGGCAUUGCCGUCGGCGUUGCCAUCUCACAUGUCAUCGUCGACGGCCAAACUGCUCUUCAGUUUAUCAAUACAUGGGCCAAGGUGGCUCGUGGAGAGAAGCUUGAGACAACGGUGUUUUUAGACCGGACGGUUUUGCAUACAAGUGAAUCACCGUCCGCCCCACGGUUCGACCAUGUCGAGUUUAAACAGCCUCCAGUGCUCCUCGGCCGUUCUGAUGCGAGUGAGGAGAGAAAAAAGGAGACUACGGUGGUAAUGCUGAAAUUGACGAGAGAUCAGGUGGAGAAACUUAAGUGCAAAGCAAAUGAAAGUCGAACCGAGGAAUCCGGUCGGGCCUUCAGCCGGUAUGAAGCGGUUGCGGGACACAUGUGGAGGUGCGCGUGCAAGGCUCGUGCUCAUGAACCGGAGCAGCUGACCAAGUUGCGCAUCGUCGUUGAUUGCCGGAACCGGUUGCGGCCGCCGCUCCCACAGGGGUAUUUUGGGAAUGCGACAUUUCCGACAACGCCAACGAGCUUGGCCGGGGAAUUGCUGGCGAAGCCGUUGGGUUAUGCGUCGGGCAAGAUCAGAGAAGCAGUGGAGAAGGUGAAUGAUGAGUACGUGAGAUCCACCAUUGAUUUUUUGAAAAGUCAAGAAGAUCUGACGCCGUUCAGGACAUCUUUCCAUACGGUUGGGUGUACGCAGGGGGUUUUCUUUGGGAAUCCUAAUCUAGCGGUCACGAGUUGGGUAGGGCUACCGAUCUACGAUGCCGAUUUUGGUUGGGGGAAGCCCAUACAUAUGGGCCCUGGAUCGCUUGGGUUUGAUGGGAAGUCCUUUAUCCUUCCCGGUAGGGAGGGAGAUGGAUCCUUCAUCGUGGCGUUACGUCUUCAGGUGCCCCAUAUUGAUGAUUUCGAGAAAAUUUUCUAUGAAGAUAUAAGGGUGGUGGUGGUGGUCUGGAAGUGGUGGUGGGGAGGUAGUAGCAAUGGAGAUGGUGGUGGUGGUGGUAGCGAUGGCGAUGGUGGCGGUUGUGGUGGUGGUGAUGGUAGUGGUGGUGACAGUUGCGGAGCGGUGGUGGUGGCGGGAGGUGAUGGCGAUGUAGUGGUGACAUGGAAGUGA